AUGGGUCCGAACUCCGCCUACAUCUACCCAUCCUCGGAUCCCCAAUUCGUGACCUUCCCCAGCCGAAGAAGCGUUGUCCACAGCACGAAAGGCAUUGUCUCGUCUACGCAGCCACUCGCUACUCAAGCUGGACUCGAAAUCCUGAGAAAGGGAGGAAAUGCUGCAGAUGCGGCAGUAGCCGUUGCAGCCGGGCUCAACAUGACCGAGCCUGGCUCAACUGGCAUAGGUGGCGAUAUGUUCUGUCUCUUCUACGACGCGAAAACGAAGAAAGUCCACGCUUUAAACGGCUCUGGUAGGUCUGGCUCGCAAGUCACGCUAGAGACCAUCAGGAAAGAUCUGGGAAUAGCUGAAGGGGAGUCUGGCCGGAUUCCGAUGGAUAGCGUUCACGCAGCAACAGUCCCAGGCGCUGCUGCAGGUUGGGUUGACUGCGUGGAGAAGUUCGGCAGUGGGAAGGUCACCUUAGAAGAGAUAUUGGCUCCAGCCAUCGAGCUUGGUGAAAAGGGGUUUCCCGUGUCGGAGCUUUCUUCGACCUUCUGGGUUGCUUACGAAGAACCUAUUCGGACGGCAUCUCCCAAUGGAAGCGAAUUGCUGAAGAAGGAUCCAAAAGCUCCAGGAGGAUGCAGAGCACCGGGUCCAGGAGAGAUAAUGAAGAAUCCAACCCUAGCGAACACAUACCGCCUACUCGCCAAACAUGGGAAGAAAGGCUUCUACGAGGGCGACGUAGCCGAAGCACUGAUCAAGGUCGUCUCAGAUCUAGGCGGUCACCUCAAGUUGGAAGAUCUAAAGCACCAUGCGGAUUUCGGUACCGAAGAAGUCGAUGCCAUAUCCCUUAAAUUCUCCGGUCAAGGUGUCGGUGACGACCACGAAGGAGAAGGCAUAGAAGUUUGGGAACACCCACCCAACGGCCAAGGCAUCGUCGCCCUCAUGGCACUCGGUAUACUUCAAAACCUCGAGAAAACCGGCAAGAUAAGCAAGUGGAGCGAGAAAGAGCACAACUCCGCAGCACACCUCCACGCCGUAAUUGAAACCCUCCGGAUCGCCUUCGCCGACGCAAAUUGGUGGGUCGCCGACCCCAACGUCUCCAAAGUGCCCUCCGCCGAGCUCAUUUCCCAACCCUACCUCGCCGAACGCGCCAAGCUCUUCGAUCCCUCCAAGGCUUCUCCUAUCCCCUCUCACGGCUCUCCCGCCCACUCUCACUCCGACACCGUCUACUUCUGCGUCUCCGACGCUUACGGCAACGCCAUCUCCUUCAUAAACAGCAACUUCGGCGGCUUCGGCACUGCUAUCGUGCCCAAAGGCUGCGGCUUUACGCUGCAGAACCGAGGCGCCGGGUUUUCUCUAACUGCUGGUCAUCCCAAUGUCCUAGAGCCACGGAAGCGACCGUACCACACCAUCAUCCCAGCCCUCAUUACCAACGCCAAGGAUCAGAGCUUGCAUUCUGUAUACGGCGUCAUGGGCGGCUUCAUGCAGCCUCAGGGCCACGUGCAGGUGCUGCUGAAUCAGCUCGUGUUUAAGUUGCAUCCGCAGGCAGCGCUCGAUGCGCCACGCGUGUGUAUUGGGGCGGGGAUGCCGGAUAGGGAUGGGCGGAUGACGGAUCGGAGUGUGUAUCUUGAGGAAGGGAUUAAAGAGAGCGUAGUGGAGGAGUUGAAGGGGCUGGGGCAUGAUGUUAAGGUAGUCAAGGGGUACCAGCGGGGGUUGUUUGGGAGGGGGCAGAUUAUCAGGCUGCAUGUGGAGGAUGGGGUCAGAGUGUGGAGUGCGGGGAGUGAUCCCAGGGGGGAUGGGGCGGCGGUGCCGCAGUAG